GUCACAAAACCGGAAAAACAAAGAUGUCAUAGCAAGUGUUCAGGACGCAGCAGUAUAAUAAAGUCUGAUGGCUAUAAUAGGAAUCUUUCAGUUCCUGCUUUUUUCAUAACCGCUUUGUCUGUUGGACUUUGAGGUGCUCGUCAAUCACAAGUACAACAUGGAGACGUGUAUUAUUUAAAUCUUUUGGCGAGCAAAAUAUUUUAAUGUACAGUACCUCGGGCCAUCAUGCUGAAGUAUUUUGUGGCGGUGCUAUUGGUGGCUAUUGCGAUCCUGAUGGCGCCGCAGACCAGGAAGCUGCUGGAAACUAAUAUUCUGGACAGGGCGAAGUCCUUCCUGCCCGCAGCCUGGACAGCUCAAGCAUCGGUUCGGCUUUUAAAUGAAGAUGAACUCGCCCUGUACAACGGAGAGCCGGGCAGUCGAGGCUUGUACCUGUCAAUUUUGGGACAGGUAUUUGAUGUCGGGAAGGGAAGGAAGCACUACGGACCAGGCGGUGCUUACCACUUCUUUGCAGGCAGAGAUGUCUCCCGAGCUUUCGUGACCGGGGACUUCACCGCGGCCGGGCUGGUGGAUGACAUCACGGGACUCUCGCCCACUGAAAUGGUGGUUCUGUUCGACUGGCUCUCCUUAUACAAAAGGGAUUAUGUGCCAGUGGGCAGGCUGGUCGGGCGGUUCUACAGCGAGGUGGGAGAGCCCACAGCAGCACUGCAGCAGGCCCAGGUCAUGCUGGUGCAGGGGCUGGAGCUCAAGGCCCAGGCUGAGGAGGAGAGCCGGCAGUUUCCCUCCUGCAACUCGGAGUGGAGAGCGGACAGGGGAGGCAGAGUGUGGUGCUCCACACAGAGUGGAGGCGUGCUCAGAGGCUGGGCAGGCGUCCCCAGGAAGCUCUUCAAGCCGGGUUCCAGCAGCUCCCGCUGCGUGUGUGUGCAGGUCAGGGACCUGGCCAGCCCCCGCCUGCAGGAGUACGAGGGCUGCCCGCCCGUCUCCGAGUCCUGCGCCGUCGGCAGCUAGCCCCCCGCCCGUCGCUCAGGAGGGAGAUCAAGCGCAGGCCCCAGGAGAGGACUGUCAGGCAGUAUGAGCCCCCGCCGUUUUCCUUCUGUCCUGUUGUCAGGCAGCGGUUCAGACGCUGAGGUGCUGAUGCGAUCUGACCCAAAUCCAGACGUCAGACCACUCCUGGCCCUCAUUACACAAGGCAGGAGCUGAAAUGAGUGCUCUGAGAUUAUAAGGGAAUAACUCCAUUAGUAUCUCUGUUGUUCAUAAGAGCAAGCAGCUGCUGCGUUCUUUACCUUUAUACUGGGCCAGGGCAUAUCUGUGGAUGUGUAGUUUUUAGGGAAAAAAAUCACGUGCUUCACUUCUAAACUUAUAUAAAUACCCAGGAAAGUGUGAAUAAAAGUAUUUUAAAAAAAUGAAUUCAAUUAAAUGUUUAACUGGGCCUGGAGGGUGGAAGGGUGGUCGAGGUUUCUGUAGAAACACUCAAAUGUUGAAGUUGUGUUCGUAAUACCUAAAUACUGAAUUACUUUACUUUAAUACUUUAUAUGUCAACAUAGUUGAUUGGAAUUUGCCCCAAUGCAGCCCAGAUAAAACCACCAACAGAAAUAAUUUUACACUUACAUACAGUAGUACACAUUGAACAUUCAAUUUAAGAUUCAAACUUCAAAAAAUCAAAAGACUCCUGCUUGCAUCACCCAAGAGCUAUGUUUUGAGGUGCCUAAUGGCCUCUAGACAGGUGAUAUUUCAGAAUAUUUCAGAUGCAUUUCACUACUGCAUUUGAUAUUUUGAAACCUCCUAACUGAAGGACAAACUUUAAAAAAGAGCUGAUGGGGUGGAAGAAUUCAGACAAACAUGUAAAAGAGAACAAGAAUGACCAACAUAUUGUACUUAACGGUCACAGUAAAGUGACUUUUCAUAAAGAUCAGUUGCAUAUUAAGUCAAUAAUUUGUCAUUUCUAAACACUUUUUUAAUGGCAACUGCACUGUUAAAAUACUGUUAUUUUAUUCUACUGUAAUGAUCAUUAUGGCCAUAAUUUUAGGUGAAGAUAGAAUGAUGUUCAUAGUCUGCCAGGAGGCUUUUGAAGGUUGUAUCCUGAAGAAAACAGCCAAGCAAUUAGAAGGAAGUCCUGCCUGCAACAUAUGCCCUGAACAGUUUCCACCCGAACCACUGGAGCACCUACAGAAGGGCACAGUGGGACACAAAACCACUCUGCGGGACUCGUCUUGCUUUGGUCAAGGCGACAUUUUUUCAUAACCAGAGAAAUGGCUGAAGUCUGUCAGAAGUUUCGCUAGGAUCCCAUACUCGAGCAACGCCACAGCAGGUGGAGUCCAGGACGAAAUGUUCUUGGAAAAAUCUUACAAUUAACUACGCCUUUGUGCUGGUGGAAGCGGCUAAUUUCCUAGGUAUAUAGCCGUAGGGGCGUACUUUUUCUUUCGGGUAGGCAGGUGCGGUCUAGCCAUUCAAAAGACUAGCGCAACAACUGUUCCCCGCCGGCUCCUCCUCACAAACAGGUGCCGGUAUAAUGGAGAAGAAUAAAAGACGGAGGCAGAAUACUCUUCCCUCGGAGAGUAGUUUUAUUGUCGGCCUUGUCAUACACAGCACAAUACCAGCUACACACACAAAUCGAUGAUCUUAACUCCUCAAGUCGCUUAAAUGCUUCUCCCCUUAGCCGCCCGCCUAAUUCUCUUCUCGCCCCUGUGUCGUCACAACGAAACUUAUCAUUCUUAUCAUUCUUUUUAAAACUCAAAACUCUUUUAACAUUUACUAAAUCGCGUCUUACACUAGUAUUGCGGUAUUGCACAACCGGGCUAUUUACUUUCUGAGAGGUCUUUAGAGGAGCUGAGGUGACCUACACAUCCUCUGUACCUCAGGCAAGAGUAGGGUGUGUAACCAUCCCCCUCAGCUGGUUUUGGUUUCAUUUCUGCUCCGGCUGCUGACAAGAAGUGCGGAAGAAAAUCUUACCUCUCGGUGUCUCAUCUUUUAAAACAGGAAGAUUACGACAGCGCUCAUCCAUAGGAUAAUGGAGUCUCAAGGGAAUUUAUGGAAGGAGCUUCUGAGAAAGUUGGAGACGAAGGAUUUGGAAAAGCUGGUGAAAGCAGUCGGGCAAGGCUGCAAGAAGCUCACCAGAUCCAUGAUGAUUAACACCGUCGUUAAACACAGUUUGAAUUCCGCCGAGCUCCUGAGGCGCGCAGCGCUCAGCAAGAAUACUCUCUACGCGUAUGCGCUGGAGAAAUGCCUCAGUGUGUCUGCAACCCAAACCAAGGAGGAGAUCGCGAAGAAAAUCGAAGAAAGUUGGGAGAUGAGGGGGAAAUGGAGACCCCGGCUGAAAGAUCACGAAAAGCGUGAAUGCUUGGUAAUUCUUCGGAGCCUCAAGCCUCAAGAGGUGGAGAAACUGAUGGGGAAACUUGGUUGCGUUUCCUCUGAAAGGAGUGAAAACCCGUUUUUAAGAAUCCUGGAUUACCUGCCCUCAGUGGAAUGGCUCUUGAAGAGAAAGUCUGUCUCCAGAGGUGCACUGAUACACUAUUUGGGAACGGGGGAUAACCUCCCGCCGCCGCAACUUUCAAAAGACAAGCUUGUUUCGUUUGUGCUGGAUCAGAUAAGUCAGAGCGCCGUGUAAUCAUUUCAUUGCUGAUACUAUAGGCUCAAAAGGAGCAAGUAGUAGGUUUAUUCCAUGGUGAAAAGAGAAGAAAGAAAACAACGCGUGUCACCCGAAGAAGGCUCCACGGCCGAUACGUUGUUUUUUUCUUCUCUUCUUCAGCACGAAUAAACCUGUUGUUCUUAGCAGCCUACGCAUGCUGACGCAGCUACACGCCGAUACUAGACUUGGUUGUGUUACACCUAAGUUGUGUAAUCAGCAAUACGAAAAGUUCGUUCAUGUUUAAUUUUUGUAAUUGCUAAAUCAACCGGCUUCUUAAGUUUUAUUUCCCAUUAAUACUAUCAAUUGUAAUAAUACUGCUAACGUUUGCGAUUUUUCUUUUUUGCAUUUCUGUUCCUUUUUUAUUAAUGCUUUCUCUAGCCAAACGUCGGUGUUUUACAACAGCUAAACAGGCAGAGUUUAAGGUUGGGAUGAGUAGCCUACCUAAGCAGAUAUUUGUUCCAUAACAGUGCAAUAAGAAUGUUAAGUUAAUUAAGUCCUAAGCGGCAACCAUUUUAACUGUGACUGUUUUCACGAAUAUAGUCCAGAAACAGCCAUAAAUAACUAACUAGCAGAGGACAUUAGCUAGCCAAUAUGAUAAGGGAAUAAAUGACUUGCUUUUUUUUGUUUAGUUCUUGUGCACAUUUAUUUGAACAUUUCCAUUGAUCGUACAAGCAUUGAAAAAACUUCCAAUCCCGAGUUCGUCGGGCAUUUUCCUUUUCGCUGCGGGAGCGCUCCCACUGCUGCUGGUAGCAUUGUGUUGAUUUAAAGUGAUCAGGUAUGAGGAAAUAUGCAGCCAUAAGCUUCACUUCAAUUGUAUUUUGUAGCAGUCAUAUCUUUAAAUAAAAGUUUUACUUAUUUUUUGUAACCU